UCGCGUCGUUAUUCCGGAAACGUUCAGUUGUAAAAUUGCGUAAUGAAAUCGGUUCAUUCUGUUUGAAAAACCCUGUAUAUCGAUUUGAAUGGUGAUGCAGGUAUUAUAAAUCGUCUAGAAUCGUGAGGCAGGUUUUAUAAAUAUGCUUGAAUCGUAAGUCUGAUAUCGUGACUCGACUCGAAUCCUUUAAGGGAUCAGGGCUGUGUGUGUGUGUGUGUGUGUGUAUAUCAGUGUAUAUCAGUGUAUCAGUAAAUCAGUAAAGCGCUCGCGCUGCUGAGGUUCGCCGGUGACGUGAGUCUCGAGCGCCCACCCGCUUUGCGACACAACGCCGCACAGCAACAACAACAACAAGCAGCAGGAGAAGAAGAAGAAAAAGAAGAAGAAGAAAAAGGAGAAGGCGCAGCCGGGGAGCGGCCAAACCCGGGACACAAAUCCAUCAUCGCAAUGGGAAUUACAGCACUAACGCAGAGCAGAAGGCUUUCCCCAUCUAACCAAAAGCUCGGCAGGAGCAUGAUAGGAGUUGAAGGCACCUGCCACGACGGCUUCGGGCAUGAACGUGUGUAUAAUGCAAAGCUCGCCUUGAUCUCGAGCUCUUCCACCUUCUGGAGAUAAAAUUCACCUCUUUGUGGACCUGCCAUUUCUCUAUGAGAAUUUUUUGGAUUCAUCGAAGCUCAAUACAAAAACAACAAUGUCCAUCACUUGGACACUAACGCUUCUCUACACCCUGGUUUGCGGUGUGCUGGUCCAGGCUUUGACCCCCAGCCCGGGCAGAGAGGGGUCUCUUUUGCCCCGUCAAUACCGCCACAAGGACCCGGACACAGGCGUCCAAUAUUUGUGUGACAAAUGUCCAGCAGGCACGUUUGUAUCAUCCCACUGUUCCAACAGCAGCGUGCGAGAAUGCACAGAGUGCCCGGCAGGAACGUUCACGCGGGGCGAGAACGGUGUUCCGCAGUGCCACCGCUGCCGAAAUCCCUGCCAACCUCCUUUUGUUGAAAAGUCUCCUUGCACGGCUACGAUGGAUCGCACAUGUGUCUGCCCACCUAGUACUUAUGCCAAAGACAGUAAUUGCCUCCCCCAGCCCGUGUGCCUGCCAGGUUGGGGAGUGCGCAAGUCGGGGGCCAAGUUAGAGGAUGUCCGCUGCCGCAGAUGUCCACGGGGAACCUUCUCGAAUGUGCCGUCGCGUGCGCUGAAGUGCCAAACGCACACAGACUGCCAAGCGCUAGGAAUGCUGCUGCUGCUCAGGGGCACUGACAAGACAGACAAUGUGUGUGGAAUCUCCUCUUCCUCAUCAUCAUCUUCACUGGGCCCUGCCUCAUCCUCCUCACACAGCACUGACCCUGCAGUCACAGUCCGGUCAUCAGCAGCUGUCCUAAAACUAACCAAUUCACAAACGACCCUCGGCAUGUCGAACUUCCAGACCCCUGCAACUCCCCCGGACGAAGCCAGAGUUCUGAACUCCCCAACACCUGACCCCUUGCCAUCGUGGAAUCCCCUGACGGCGAAUCAGCAGUCAGCUCUGUCAGAAAAGAAGAGCCAGGGUUUGUCCCUCAGGCCUGUCAGGAGAGGCUCGCCUCGGCCAAGCAUGCACAAGCACUUUGACAUCAACGAACACCUGCCCUGGAUGAUUGUCCUGCUUCUGCUGCUGGUCCUUGUGGUGAUUGUAGUGUGCAGUGUUAAACGCAGCUCGCAUGUUCUGAAGAAAGGGCCCCGGCAGGACCCCAGCAGCAUCGUGGAGAAAGCCAUUCACAAGAAGCCUAGCUCUCCUGCAGGACACAACAAGGAGAGGUGGAUCUACUACUCCAACGGCCAGGGUGUUGAUAUCCUUAAACUGGUGGCAGCUCAGAUUGGCAGCCAGUGGAUCGAGAUAUACCAGACCCUGGCGAAUGCUAACGAGCGGGAAGUGGCUGCCUUCUCCAGAGGCUACUCAGCUGACCACGAGCGCACCUACGCUGCCUUACAGCACUGGACCAUCUGUGACAGUGACGCCAACCUGGCCAAGUUAAUAAACGCCCUGCAUCAUCAUCGCCGUAUCGAUGUGGUCGAGAAGAUCCGUUGCGUCAUGGAGGACAACCCUCAGUUUGAUCUGAACCAGCUGAUUAUGUAUGUGAAUGCAAGCCAAGGUGCCAGCCCCAGCCAUAAACCCCUGGAUGCUCAGGGACUGGUGGUGGAACACUCACCACUUGAUCGCGCCAAAGGCUUCUUCCCAGAUGAGUCUGAGCCCCUGCUGCGCUGUGACUCUACCUCCAGCAAAGACUCCGCUCUGAGCCGCACAGGUUCUUUUAUUACCAAAGAGAAGAAGGACACGGUUCUGCGGCAGGUGCGCCUCGACCCCUGUGACCUGCAGCCCAUUUUUGACGACAUGCUGCACAUCCUUAACCCUGAGGAGCUGCAUGUGAUUGAGGAGAUACCUAUGGCCGAGGAUAAGCUAGACCGUCUGUUCGAGAUCGCCGGGGUCAAGAGCCAGGAGGCCAGCCAGACUCUUCUCGACUCGGUGUACAGCCACCUGCCUGAUCUCCUAUAGACGGGAUUUGUUCAUGGCUACUCACAUGAAAGGAGUGAAUGAGAGCGAGAGCAACACAAGCAAACAUUCACUAUCCAGAAUAUCCUUCUAAAAAUCACACACGGAUCUCUGAGCAGAUUAAAAGCCAUCGCUUAGCCUAAUGUAGCUUCCAUACAUUUUUCUCCUUUACACCUCGGAGCUCCUGGUUUGUUUGUUCGUUCCUUCUUUUGUUUAUUCGAUUAUAAUCAUACGUUCAUGUUUUAAAAUAAAUGCGGUUCUAACCAGCGAGGUCUUUUCGUUCCUGCUCCGUGUUUAUUACGAACUAGUUGUAUAACCAGGAUUUCCGAUGUGAAUCUAUGGGCAUUGAACAGCAACACUACUGGCUGCCAUGUCACAAUCAUCACUGAACAUAUGCAUUAAUAUUUUACUUGAAUGUGGAUGCGCCUCUUCAAGAAGUAAACAACAACCAUGCUUGAUGUUAUAUACAGUAUCAGUCCCAGCUGGGAACUGAAGAAGCAACGCUUUCAUGGUUUAUUCGGUUUAUUUAGAGGCCAGACUCUAGACUGUUUAAUAUCUACUCAUUUAUAAUAGACAAAUACGUAUACGCAGUCCCUAAAAAAACUGCCAUGUCGUCUAAUGUCCUGUACACAUUAGCUGGAAAUGUCACACGGGGUUCCAACAAAUUAAAAGCCCCUGCUAGUCCACUGUAGCAUUUCAGAACUGUUCCUCUUGACACCUUGUCUUUUACGCUGUAUUAUAAGUUAACCUACAGCAUAUUCUUGCACACAAUGACUACCGUGCAUUGGUACUGAUACACACAGACAAAAUCAAGGUACAGGAAUAAACCUGAAAGAGUACAAAUACCUUGUCAGCAAUGUACCUCUGAACAUUGGUACCUUCUUGUUUGUACCUGUAAAAGAACAUUUAUGCGACUCCAGUGAUAUAACUGUACCUUUGUGUCCAGGACAAAUCAGUCCAGCAGAACAUCAGUGAAAUGCUAUAGAAAAAAUAUCAGCAUGUAAUUUAAAACCAUACCAGGACACAAAGCAGCAUUUCUAUCACUAGGGUCACAUAAAUGUUCUUAUACAGGUACGAACGAGAAGGUACAUUCCUGUAUCUUGAUUUUUCUGUGUGUGUAAUAGUUUGUUUAACCUGAAUCGUGAUCCUGUACCGUUUUUGCCAAAAUGUGUUUAUUGAGCACUGCUUUGUAUAACAGUUUUUAAUGGGCAACAUAAAACUAUUGGCUGAAGAUGCGGAUUUGAAUGUCCUACUUGAGUUGGUUAGAUGAUGCGUCGAUGUGCUUCUCCAAGGCGUACAGCAAUCAGCCAUAACAUUUAAACUACGAGAGGUGAUGUGAAUAGAGUUGAUCACUUUGUUACAACGGCACUUGUAAUCGGAGUGGGAUAUAUUAGGGAGCGCAUGAACAGUCAGGUCUCUAAGUUGAUGUGCUGAAAGCAGAGUCAGGGUUAUGGGCACUCACUGAUGCUCACUGAUGCCUGUGAAGAGCAAAGAGUAGUCCGUCUGGUUCAUUACUACAGAAGUGCUUUCAGUGGAGCUCUGAUAGGAAGAGUCAGAACACACAGUGCAUUACAACCUGCUGUGUGUAGAGCUGCGUAGCUGCAGAACAGUCAGAGAGCACAUGUUAACUCCUGUACACCACCCAAAGCUCCAACAGUGUUUGGGCGUGGCUGACCUGGGCAAGAGAUGGUACCAGGUUACUCUUUAGGAAGAAUGUGAGCUGGUGGAGGCAGUGCGAUGCGCUGGGUGAUGUUCAUGUACCUAUGACCUAGGACACUUGCUAACGGUUUCUCUAAUGUCAGCGGACGGGAUCUUUCGCCUGGAUAAUGCUCCCUGAUAAAGGGCCCAAGGUGUUGACUCGGCCUCCAAAAACAAGGCAAACUAGUCUGAUCUAUAAAACUGCUGCUAGGUUCUUGGUGCUAGAUACCACAGCACACCUUCAGAGGUCUUCGGGAGUCCAGGCCUCAAUGUUUCCGAGCUGAUUUAACAGCACAAGGGGAACCUACACAAUACUAGGCAGGUGGUUUUAUGGUUUUAUUAUAUUUUAUGGCUGAUUGAUGUAUGAUGCGUGAGGCUCAAAAUGGCUGAACUAACAUCCAUAGAAGGUCAUUUUGUUUCAUGGUCCAUAUUUCAGACGAUGAGAUGUAGAAUGCAGUAUGUAUCUAAUAUGGUAACUCUAGUUAGUGUUUUAUUGAGACUCUACUGUCAGACAUCCCAUUCCAGGAUUCAUUCCUCCUCCCUUUUGACCACAUGGUGCACAGGGUUUAUUUGGCCUUUGUUUGACAGUCAGGGUAAGAAGAAAAGCGUUGGGGAAGCAUACUGGCAGCUUUCAUGACUUCUGCUGGAUUGUAAUCACCAAUCAAAUCCAGUGGUGUCAAACGGAUGAAGCUAGGGUAUAUAAUUUCCACCUGCAGAUUGAAGCGGUAAACCACGUAAACAGUAUAUUUAAUGUGAUGUAAGACAAGAGAUUGACGACUGACCAAUAAAAAUAAAAACAUUGUUACA